ACCGCUUGUGGUUGCUCUGAAGAAACUGUAAUCAACCGUCUCUUACACACACCCACACUCUCACUUUAACGUUAAUAUUAACAAAGAGAAGUGUUGUCUCUCUCUCUCUCUCUCUCUCUUUGGUCGGUUAUCUCGAGGCAGGUUGGAGUCAGCAGCGGAGUAGGAUCAGGAAAGAUUUGAUAAUCCAUGUUCGUCAAGAAGCUGGUAGAGAAGGCUUCCAAGAAGCCUGGAGGAAAUUCUGAUGGUUUGAAAGCUAGUGAUGUUGAUCCUCAUAUGGUAUUUCAUUAUGGGAUCCCAUUGGGUUGUUGCAUGCUUGCUUAUGAUUCCAUUCAAAAGAUACUUGCAAUAUCUACUAUGGAUGGCAGAAUUAAGCUCUUUGGAAGAGAUAACUCUCAAGCUUUACUUGAAUCUGAUGACAUGGUGCCAAGCAAGUUUAUGGAGGUCAUGCAGAACCAAGGUAUCCUUGUAAAUGUAAAUUAUAAGAACCAUAUUGAGGUUUGGGACUUGGACAAGAAGCUCUUAUCUCAUGUACAUGUCUUUAAAGAAGAAAUUACUUCUUUCACAGUUAUGCAAAGUGGUCCCUACAUGUAUGUUGGAGAUUCUGUUGGCAACAUUAAGGUUCUUAAAAUUGACCAAGAAUUAUGCCAUGUUGUUCAAAUGAAAUAUGCUAUACCUUUCUCAGCUUCUCAUGGAAAUCCAACAGAAGUUGCAAGUGAUAGAGCUGUUAUCUCCAUAAUGCCUCAACCAACAGCUGAAAGCAAAAGAAUUCUUAUAAUAUUUAAAGACGGCUUCAUCACUUUGUGGGAAAUUCGAGAAAGCAAAGCUAUUUUGGUUGCAGGUGGAAGUAUGUUCCAAUCAGUACAUAAUGAAGCAAAACAUGUGACUUCUGCAUGCUGGGUAUGCCCUUUUGGUAGUAAGGUUGCUGUUGGUUACAACAAUGGAGAAAUUCUCAUAUGGAGCGUUCCUACCUCAAAGCUAAAAAAUGAACCAGCAUCCGAAAUUAGCAUUCAAAAUGCUCCCACAUGUAAACUCGUUCUUGGAUUUAGAUCAGAAAAGAUUCCGAUAGCGUCUUUAAAAUGGGCUUAUGCUGAUGGGAAAGCCACUCGACUAUAUGUCAUGGGUGCCUCUGAUGUAGCCUCCACAAGCCUUUUGCAGGUAGUCUUAUUGAACGAGCAUACUGAAUCCCGAACAAUUAAGCUUGGGCUUCAUUUGUCUGAGCCUUGUGUGGACAUGGUGAUCACUUCAAGCACUACUGAGCAAAGUAAACUAAAACAAGAUUUUCUCCUUCUGGUUGGCAAAUCAGGAAACAUAUAUAUGUAUGAUGAUUGCUCAAUUGAAAAGUAUCUUCUGCAAUGCCAAUCAAGGUCCCCACCCUCCCUCCCCAAGGAGGUAAUGUUGAAGAUGCCAUUUGCAGAUUCAAACAUCACAGUAGCAAAACUCAUCGCUGACAACCCUUACGCGUUAAGUUCAGAUGAGGAUUACAUUCUGCUUUCCAAGGAUUUUCCAUCACUUGUUCCCUUGGAGACAAAGUCAAAAGACGGAGGUCACUCAAACUCAUACCAAUUUAGUGGAUUCGGAAAGGUCAAGAAACUGUACAUAACCGGACACAGUGAUGGAGCCAUCAAUUUUUGGGAUUUAUCAUGCCCCUUUCCUAUACCAAUUCUAUCAUUAAAGCAACAGAGUGAGGAUGAUUUUUCUUUGAGUGGUAUAGCACUGACUGCACUGUAUUUUGAUGGAAACUCACGGAUUCUAAUUUCUGGUGAUCAAAGUGGAACGGUUCGCAUCUUUAAGCUUAAGCCAGAGCCGUAUGCAGCAGAAAACAGUUUCAUCUCUUUCCAAGGAAGCACAAAGAAAGGGAACAAUCAAAUUAUCCACAGCGUUAAGGUUCUUAACGUUAGUGGUUCUGUACUUUCUCUAAACAUAAGCCACAGCACAAGACAUCUUGCCAUUGGGUCUGACCAAGGAGAUGUUUCAGUAUUUGACAUGGAUGGUCCCAGUAUCAUAUUCCAAAGUCAUAUUGCAAGUGACAUCUGUCUUGGUAUCAUCUCAAUGCAGUUUAAAACCUGUACUAUGCAGAAUUUUGAAAAGAAUGUUUUGGUGGUUGCAACAAAGGAUUCAUCAGUUCUGGCCUUCGAUAGUGAUACUGGAAACAUGUUGAGUGCUAGCAUGGUUCGUCCAAAGAAACCCUCAAGAGCUCUAUUUAUGCAGAUUUUGGAUUGGCAGGAUACAUCAGCUAGGGGAGCAAAUAUAUCAAUUGGUGCAGACAUGAACAGAGGGAGUCCUAUUGAGGAAGGCAUACCAAAGCAAUCUUACAUACUGAUAUGUUCUGAGAAGGCUGCAUAUGUCUAUUCCUUGAUUCAUGCCAUUCAGGGAGUCAAAAAGGUGCACUACAAGAGGAAGUUCAAUUCCACUUCUUGCUGCUGGGCGUCAACAUUUUAUACUGCCUCUGAUGUUGGCCUUUUGCUCCUCUUCGCUAAUGGAAAAGUUGAGAUAAGGUCCUUGCCAGAGUUAUCCUUGUUGAAGGAAACUUCAAUCAGAGGCUUCAGAUAUUCUACACCGAAGCCAAAUUCAUUAUCUGAUAGCUCCAUGUGCUCUUCAAACUGUGGAGAUCUUGUUAUGGUGAAUGGGGAUCAAGAAUUCCUUAUCAUCUCAGUUUUGCUCCAGAAGGAAAGUUUUAGGAUUUUGGACUCUGUCAGCCGCAUAUACAGGAAAGAUCUAAUGCUUUCACAGGAAGUGCUUGCCUCCGGAACCGCAGUUCAGAAGGAGAAGAAAAAGGGAAUUUUCGGGUCUGUUCUCAAAGAAAUGAAAGGUAGUAAAAAGCAUGUCCAUGAAGUGGAGACAGAAGAUACCAGAGAAAGUAUUGAACAACUUUCCACCAUCUUUUCAACUGCUAAUUUUCCAUGCGAGGUUGAGAAUAGAGAUAACCAGGCAACGGAUGAGGAUGAAGUCGAUUUAGACAUAGAUGAUAUUGAUCUCGAUGAUCCUGGAGAGAAACCAAAAGAGCAGAAUAUCUUAGCAACUCUCAAUAAGCAUAAACUUAAAUUCCAGGCUUUUACAGCAGGUAAACUGAAGCAGAUGAAGGUGAAAAAUGAGAAAACUAUCACCAAAGAAGAGCAGCAAGAUGAGAAGUCCAGUGCUGUUGAUCAAAUCAAGAAAAGAUACGGGUUUUCAUUGCAUGGUGAAUCAAGUGCAGCUAAAAUGGCAGAAAGCAAGCUUCAAGAGAAUUUGAAAAAAUUGCAGGGAAUCAGCUUGAAGACUACAGAGAUGCAAGAUACUGCUAAAUCAUUCUCUUCCAUGGCAAGAGAACUGCUGCGCACUACAGAACAAGAGAAACGAAUCUCAUAAGCCAAUGCCAUACACUGUUUUUGUUGUGAAAUACCAUACACCCCCUUUUUUUCCUUAUUCUUUUGCUUGUAUGUUGAUCUCCAUGUACAGCAGUGAAAAACAAGUUUAUAUUCUUUUUUUGUAAGGUAUUCUUUGACAGGAAUGUAGUUUUACUCUGUUUCCAUUCACCA